CUGCCUUCCCUUCCCUUCCCUUUCCUUUCCUUCCCUUCCCUUCCCUCCCCUCCCCUCUCUCCCUCCUUCUUCCAUCUAAAAAUGGGAGAGACGAGUCAGGCCGCCAGACCGGGGCUGCCUUCCUCCCCUACUCCUCCUCCUCUCUGCCCCCGCUCCGGCUGCAGCCUCGCCCAGACGGUCGGGAAAGGGACCCCGCAGCCUGGCGGGGACAUCACUGGGCACCUUACCUUCCCCCUGCUGUUGGUGACCUUCCUGGUGUCCUUUGGCUCCUCCAUGCUCUAUGGCUACAACCUGGCCGUGGUGAACUCACCAGCAGUGUACAUAAAGGCUUUCUACAACACAACAUGGUCCCGACGGUACGGGCAUGGGCUAGCCUCCGGCCCCCUGACCCUCCUCUACUCCCUGACUGUCUCCAUCUUUGCCCUGGGUGGGCUGGUGGGCUCCUUGCUGGUGGGGCUGCUGGUGGAGCGGUACGGCAGGAAUGGCACGCUGAGCCGCAGCACUCUCCUCGUCCUUCUGGCCGGCGGCUUCUUGGGCUUCAGCCAGGAGCUGGGGUCCCCCGAGAUGGUGAUCAUUGGCCGCUCCAUCACAGGGCUCCACUCAGGUAUCUGUCUCAGUGUGGUGCCCCUCUACCUGGGAGAAAUUGCCCCCAAGAACCUGAGGGGUUUCCUAGGCCUCGUGCCCAGCAUCUUCAUCUGUCUGGGCGUUUUCUUCGCGCAGGUCCUGGGCCUCCCGGAGCUGCUGGGCAAGGACAGGUUCUGGCCUCUUUUCUUCUCGGUGGUGGUCGUUCCCGCCUCCCUUCAGCUCCUGCUGCUACACUGCUUCCCUGAGAGCCCACGGUACCUCCUGAUAGAGAGAAACGAUGUCUGCGGGGCCACUGAGGCGCUGCGCCGGUUCCUGGGGACACCAGAUGUGCAAGACAUGAUCAAGGAGAUGAAGGAGGAGCAGCAGUCGCUUUCCUCUGUGGAGGUGGUAUCCGUCUGGCAGCUGCUGCGGGACCGCUCCGUCCGCUGGCAAACCCUCUCGGUGGUGGUGAUGAACGCCAGCAUGCAGCUUUCGGGGAUUGAUGCCAUCUGGUUUUACACCAACACCAUCUUCGAGAAGUCCGGGAUCCCUGUAUCCCAGAUCCCCUACACCACCGUGGGCACUGGCGCCAUUGAAGUUGUUGCUGGGAUAAUAGGGUGCUUCACCAUUGAGAAGCUGGGCCGGCGGCCCCUCAUCAUCACGGGCUUCUGCACCAUGGGCAUCUGCUUGGCUGGCAUCACCGUCUCCCUGCUGCUGCAGACCACCCUGCCCUGGAUGUGCUAUGUCAGUGUCGCCUGCGUGGUUGGCAUCAUCGCUGGCUUCUGCAUGGGACCAGCAGGCAUCCCCUUCCUGAUGACAGCUGAGCUCUUCACGCAGUCACACCGCCCAGCCGCCUACAUCAUAGGGGGAUCCCUCAACUGGCUCUGCAACUUCACUGUCGGCUUCAUCUUCCCCUUCUUGCAGAUGUCAGCUGGUGCCUUUUGCUACCUGGUUUUCUGUGCCAUCUGCCUGCUGGUGGCCCUGUAUGUCUACCUUGUCAUCCCUGAGACCAAGAACAAAACCUUCAUGGAGAUCAGCCACAUCUUUGCCACCCGCCGCUCUUUCCUUUCCAUCCCAGCCCAUCCCAUUGCAAUGAUGAAGCUCAACAGCUACGGGGCCUUGGAGAGCAGCUCCCUGGAGCACUUGGGCUCCAGCCUGCCCUGACCUGCUCCUCGCCUCCCACUGUGGGACCCCCACCCCGGGUGGACUGUGGGGGACGGAGGUGGCAGAGGAGGCUCAAGUUGGGGAAGGAAGUGAAGGCCAGUUUGCCUGGACUCGAUCAGCUCUGCAUCUCCCAGGACGUCUCACCACAGUGCAGCCUGGGGCCAGGAUGAGCUCUGGUGAUGUGCCAGGGCUGCACCCACCGCUGCACAUUACCUCCAUGCUGGAAGAGAUGCCCUUCCAGAGGCAGGGGCACGUCCUGGGGCCAGGGGGUUCACAUCACUCCUGGGCACAUGGACUUGCCAAGAGCUGCCUGCACAGGGUGUUAAUAAAAAGUGUUGCCUCCAGACCUAGCAUCUGGCAAAUGCAACCUGAGAUGGCAGUGAGCUGGAGCAUGCUGGCAUGGGUAGGUGUUUCCCCAGUGCUGGAGAGCAGCAGGAUGGGAUGGGGACUUGUCCCCUUCCCUGCUGUGCCUGGCUGGGAAGCUCAGAGUCGCCCCACAUUUCCUAGGAUGGCUGGUCAGGGUGGCUUCCAGGCUCUUGCAUCUCACCCCACAUUGGUCAUGCCAACACAGGCUGGGUUGCAGAAAGGCCAUGGAGCAGCUCAGAGCUGGGGGUGACCAGCCAGCCUCCAUGCUGGCAGCUCCUUGCUGACCAGCCCUGCAUGCUGGCCCUGCAGAGAAUGCUCCCAUGGGACCCCUGCACCCUCCCAAACUCCACUGAGGACAAAGGGAUCCUGAGUGCACCUACACCCCUUUGCUGCAUGCCGUGAAUUGCUGUGACUCUGGGCUGCUCUCCAGGCAUGACCUUUCUCGUGUGUCUGCCCUGGAUCCUGUGGUGGGGCCUACCCUGUUUCCUGGGACUGCCAUGGGCACAGCACUUGCAAGGCCCAGGACCCUCACAGCAGCUCCCACAAGCACCAUGGGGUCGGGGACUCCCAGGCCAGCGGUCCCUUGAGGAGCUGCCAUGUGCAGGGAAACUGCAAUGUUUUGUUCUGGUUAGAGGUAAGAGCUGGACAGUGAGGAGGGCUGCAUGGCCAAAACCCUCUGGUCCCAACACAGACGUGAUUUAUUUUGUUGCAGAUAAUUUAGCCCUCUUUUUUCCCAUUCCCUGCUCUGAUGGGCCCACAGCUUGCACAUUUGGUGCUCAUGGUCACUUGAUGGUGUGCAGGGCUCCAGCCCUUGAGAAGAGCUCACCCUUUCUGCAUCACUUGGCAAAGCCUUGGGGUGCCUCCAGGGGUAGGUGCUGGGCCCAUGGGGACAGGGACUGGGCCAUACUGGGUUCCCCAGCGCCUGGUCCCAGUCCCUCCAUCCUCAGCAGCCACCUUGGGGCUUGUCUGCAGCUCGAGCUGUUUAAGGGACGUUAGUCAAAGCAGGGGUCAUGGCUCCACAGCAUCAGCCACUUCCUAUUCCAUCUCCCUCCCGACUCGGCUGCUCUCGGCAGCAGAACAGAGCGGUAAAUAUGUGCAGCAUUACAUAUGUAUAAUGGAGUGUAAAUAACCCCAAAAAGUGCAUUGUAAAUAGACUCCAAGUUUAUCCUUUAUUAAUGAGGCACUGAGUGCCCUGCUGUUUUAGAGCAGCGAGACUUUCAUAAUAUCAAAACCUAAAUUACACUUGUGUCUCUCAUUCCCAGCAAACGACAGCAUCAUUUCAGGCCUCUUUGCCACUUGUAUUUAUUUAUUCUGGUAUUUAUUUAUCUCUCCCACCCAGCAUGUGGGGCAGCUUGGAAGGUGCCCCCUGCCCUCCAUGUGGGAGACAAUGGCCCCCCUGGGAGCAGUCCCCCCCAUCCCAGGGUCCUGGCAUGGCCAAGGACCCAGAGUGUUGCCUUAUAGCCCAGGACUGCUCUGUGCUGGCUGGUGAGAUGGGGCAGACCUGGGAAACAUGGGGAUGGGACCCAUUUCUGCCAGAGCUUCAGAUACCACCAGAGUCAGAAGUCUCCUCUUUCCAAGGAAUGGAGGUCACUGGCAAAAUCCUGUGGUGCCUUUUGGGUGCAUUUGCUCUCAGGGACCCUCGUGGAGUUACCGUGCCAAGGGACACAUCCCUCUUCCUUCCAUCAGGACCUGGAAGGGUGAGAGUGAAGAAACUCUAUGCUCAUGGGACACUAGCUUCUCAUCAGCUUUUUCUUUAGGCUAUUGAGGCAGCAUCUCCAGGGCUGUCAGUCCAAGCUAGGUCCCCACCAUGGGUCUGGUACUCUUGCAAAAGCAAAAUUUAGGCUUUCCCUUUGCUUGCCCUGCCCAGGGAGGCAUUUCCAGCCACUCCACUUCUUGGGAAGGGUAUGGCUGGGUGGGCUCCAAGCAUCUUCCCCAUGUCCAAAGCAGCUCUCUGGAUUCAGGCCCCCAAAAGCACUGAUUCUGCUUGGUGAGGGUAAGGCUGUAUCCUCUAGCAGUGUCCAAAUAGACCCUUUAGAUUGGAGAAAUCUUUAGAUUGGAGAAAGUCCAAAGAAGAGUCCAAGAAAUUACUUUGGUGCCUGGAAAUGCUCCUGAUCCUCUUAAUAUUUGCAGAAACAAAGAUGAAGGUGACUUUCUCCAAACACGUAAGUGCUUUCUUGAUGUACCCAAAGAUAAAGGGUGGGUGAGUUUAAGCAUUGAGGUAUACACGUGGAGGGCUGGAGCUCAUCCCAGCCAAACUGGAAUGGGAAAGAAAGCCCUGGUUUGAACUCUCCAGAUACUUUGAAAUGGGUUCCUCAAGGAAAUAGCGAUGGCCCAUCAUCUCAGAUCCUGCAGAGAAGCUCUCCUGGAGGGUGCCUGACUCAGGGUGGAUGGUCACAGCCUGAGUGGGAGCUGGUGAAAGCUUGCUGGGCACCCAUGUUUGUCCCUGUGCCAGCACCAGUGGCCGGUGAGGCAGCAAGUGUCCCCAGGCCAUGGCCAGGCAAGCAGAGGAGCAUUCACACCCUGCCAGUGCUCACAGUCACGGAAUCACAGAAUUGCAGGAUCACAGGUUGGAGUCCCUGUGGCUCCUGUAAGGAUGGGCUCCUAGGGGAUGGAUCCUGCUAAUGAUGGGGACCCACUAAGCCUCUGUGGCUGAAACCUUCCUUCACUGGUUUCACCAGAUGCCCUAACAGCAAACUGACACUAUCACCUCAACAGGGGUGCCUUCGCUCCCCCAAAAUCUCACCUGACUGCAGAGGCUCCGUCAGGGAUGAAUUUUGAGCAGUGUGCAGUUCCUGCAUGUUCAGACCAGGGCAAAAACCCUGCUACUGCCUAUUUCCACGUGGAGAAAGGGGAGCUGGAGCAGCACCCCUCCACCCUGCAGAGAUGGGUGUAGGAUUGGUCCCUGCCUCUUGUCUUGCCAAUGGAGGAGAGGCUUUGGAGCUGAGAAGCUCUGCAAGGCACUUUGGUGCUUGAUGGUACCCAAAGCUGCACCGCAGCCUCGUGCCCUGGCCCUGGGGACCACAAAGCAACUUGUAAUGCUGUGAUGGAGGGCUGAGCCCCCAGCACAACCCUCCUGGGCCUGGCUGGCACCUUUGGUCCAGCCAGGUUCAUGCACAGUUUCCUUGGCUGCACUUCGAGCAAAGCAGGCACAGGGCGAGGAUGUUGGACAAGGGGGGCACUGCCCGGGGUGAUGUCAGUUUGCAGACAGCCCCUUUGUCUGCAGCCUGGGCCCAGGACACGUUUGAGGUGUUUGGGGGGGGUGAUUUACACACACACCCCCACCACAGGCCCCAGCAGCUUGGGGCUGUUUAAAGCAGUGCAAAGCUGGCAGAGGAGCCAGUGUGGCGUGGGGCUCUGUCAUCAGCCUUCUCCAGUUUCUCCUCAGGAGCAGGGGACCUGGCUGUGGGGCUGCACAGUGGUGAGGACAUGGUACAUCUGGCACGGCACGUCAUGGGGAGCAGCCCAGGCUGAUGGGCAGCCAAGCCUCUGCCAAAGGUCAACAUCAGUGCUCACAGAGGGUCUGAGACUGCAGGAUGGGAUCCCCGUCAUCUCCCAGUGCUCACACCAAGAAAGUCCACGCCCCUCCCCAGUCACAGCCUUGUGUGCAAACAUGCCUUCAGUAAAAGAAUGGAGGGGGCUAAAGAGGGGGACCCUCUUCCCUUUGGAUAGGUUUGUCCUGCACCACACCUCUGCCCUCCCCAGUGCCCCCAGGCAGGGGUUAAAGAGGCCCUGGCUGCACUCUGGGGUUGGCAAAGCUUCAGGUGAUGGGCAGGAGCCACCCCCAGGGUUUGGGAGGUAGACCUAGAAAAGGAGAGAAAAAGGCAGCAAAGGAGCAGGACAUGGCAAAUGAUGGAGCAAGGAGCUGGGACCAGCCCCUCUCCACCACUGGCCCAGUCAGCCCUGGACCCACAGACACUCACGGUAAUAACUGCCAGGAGAGAAGUGACCUGGAGGGCAAAGACUGCAUCCCUGAAAUUAGGAACCGCCCCAGAUGGUGAAACACCCUCUCCAGUUUUGUCAUAGAAUGGGAGGCUCUUGGCACAGUCCCAGGGCAUCUUCUGCCUAGGAAGGGUGAUUUCAGCAAGAAAUGGGUCCUCUUGGUGCCUUCUCCUGUUUCUCCUUUGCAUGGUGGUGGCAGAGGUCCACCAGGACAAGGGCACAGUGGUGGCGGUGUGCUCCUUCCAGAUGCCACAGCCCCAUGCACACCCUCAGGCUGCAGGAAACCUGGCUUACUCCUGGCUGAAGGCUGUCCUGCAGCAGGGUCUCCCUGGGGCUGAGCCCGCAGCUCUCAUCUCCUAAAAGUGCAGAGCCAGCUCCAGCCAAGCCUGCAGUUCACACAGGCUCUGGUCAAGUGCCUUUUUGCAGGGAAAAACAUAAAAUGAGUGGUUUUUUACUGUGCUCUGGGUAAUGGGCACUCAGCUGAAACCCAGCAUUUUGGAGGAGUGGAGAGCAGUGAUUUGUUUCUUUUAAAAGCCUAAAAUAUUUCUGUGGCAUCAACCAGACUCCUGCAUCCUCUUAAAAAAAAAAAAAAAAAGAUUAAAAAUUUAUUGGGGGGGGGGGAAGUGAUUGUUACCCUAUAGAAAAAAAUAAUAAUUCUGUAUUAUUGCCGGCAAGUCCAUGUCCGGCAGUCUGUGGGAGCAAAUCUUGGCAGCAGGUGCAGGGUGCUGGGGCUGGUCUGGGUGCGGGUGCCCAGUGUUGGGGUGGCCGAGGCGCGGGUGCCCAGUGGAGGGUAUGCACCAGCAGAUGGCACUCCCAGAAUUUAUUGCUACAGCAAGCUGCCUCUCAGAGAGCAGUCAUGUAGGAGAUGUCCUAUUAUAUGGGCAGUUGACUUUAAUAGUCAUUGUGUGCUUAAAGCACAGCAAAACAACAGUGGGGGAAAAAAAAAUCCCCACUCCACUUGGAUGGCCCUUUUCCCCCCAGCCCUGCUAGUCUAUUUGUACAGUAAAUUAAAAAUAUGAAUCACUUCUCUCUACUGCCUCCCCAAACACUCAUCCUGUCAGCCUCUGUGUUGUCUUCAUUUGUAUUACCUUAAUUUAAUGUUAAUUAUGUUCUUCAUUUACAAAGAACAAGCAUUUACACUCCCUGUCUGGGGAUUUUCCACGCUCACAGUCUCCACAGACUGGGAGGCGAAGGGGAGCAGCGGAGGCAGUGGUGCUGGGGAGGGGGCUGUUAGCACAACCGCGGGAACAGGGGGAGCGGGGAUGCCACCCCCUGAACAAACCAGUAAUGAUGAGCGCUAUUGCCUUUCGAUUUAUGAAACCGUAUCGCUGCCUGUGCUUA